ACAUCAUUCUUCAUCCAAGACCUGAUCCCGUGAGACUUUUCUUCGCCGGUUCUGAACAGCAUACAGGACCUGCGUAGAGAGAAGGUGAUCUGAACGACCUAGUUUGUUUUAAUCUCUUGAAACGUGGUCCCGGUGAGUUAUUAUGUCCCGAUUGCAAGUUGAUACGAGGAUUUGAGACUUGUGAACUUUGCCACUGAAAUGACUGGCGGUGCUUCAUAUGACGAGCCACCUGCGCGGUUGGGCCCUCGUAUGGACUCGCAAGAUACACUGGGGACAAUAAGCAAGUGGCUCGACGACUGCGUCCAAAACCAUCGCGAGUGUAGAGUCUUCUAUAGCCAUUCGACUUCGCUACCUUCUAGGCUAAUUGAUGUUGGAGACCCCGGCAGCUACUUGUGGAAGAUCAUCACCACCGAGGAACACAUAACUCCUCUCAAUUAUCGAGGCUAUCUCACAUUGAGCCACCGCUGGGGCUUUUCGCCAUCCGUACAGCUCACAUCGGACACGCUUCCCACAUUCCGAAACUACACAGCUAUCGAGAAUCUCCCCAAGACUUUCCGCGAUACCGUUACUUUGGCACAUCACUUGAAUAUUCGUCACAUCUGGAUCGACUCACUAUGCAUCCUUCAAGAUAGCUCAUUUGACUGGAAGAAAGAGUCUUUCAGAAUGGACCACGUAUACUCCAACUCCACCUGCAACAUCGUUGCAGCACACUCUGAAGGAUCUGACGGUGGUCUCUUCGCAGUGAGAGACCCAUCCGUUUUGGAAACGUUUGUUGUUUGCUCAGAGAGGACGGAUAUCCCAUCCGGCGAGUACACCGUCUGGGAUCACACGUCCAUCUUAAACGACUACAACAGAGCUCCGCUGUACAAGCGCGGCUGGGUCUUUCAAGAGCGCCUACUGCCCAAAAUAACUCUUCAUUUCCGGCAAAUACCAAGUCUUUUGGAAAUGUUCAAGGUGCUUUGCCUGCGAGAGCUUGCCCGACGGCAUACCAGUGGUUCCAGACAACGAAGUGCGGACCCAUCGCCAGGUGAUUCACCAGAGGAUGACGAUUUUUUUCGCAGAUAUCUGGGAGCACCUGGUUGAGGAGUACUCGGGCUGUAGCUUGACCUACGAAAAGGAUAGACUCGCAGCCUUGAACGGAAUGGCAGGCCUCUUUUCUGAUGCCUCUUUGAGUAGAUACAUCUCCGCUACCUGGAACAUACGCAUCGCCCGACAAAUCUGCUGGAGCUUGAACCCUGCAGCGGAAAAGAAGCCCCGACCUAGUCAUCCCGUGCCAUCUUGGUCGUGGGCAUCCGUGCAAGACAAAGUCUCAAUCAAGGCCAUCAUGAAUAGCGAUGAGAGUAUCCUACACCUCGCGCGUCAUUUUUACCACAGUGCCCAUGACAGCACUCCCGCAGGACGCCGGAUAC